GGUCUGGUCACGUGAUCUUCCAAGAUGGCCGCGCCCUGGUUCGUAACGGCCGUCAGAGUUGGUCUCGGCGAACUAGUUUAAAUGACUGCUGACAUCUUCAGACAGAAGCAGUAGAGUUUAUGAGUAAGCCUGUCGCCUGCUUACUCCUGCAGACAUGAGCAACAACGAUUUAAUCCUCCCCAAAGACUUUCCACAACUAAAGAAUGAUACAUUCCUGCGAGCGGCGCGAGGAGAAGAAACUGAACACGUCCCAGUCUGGUGUAUGAGACAGGCUGGAAGAUACCUCCCAGAGUUCCGUGAGUCCAGAGCGGGGAAGGACUUCUUUGAGACAUGCCGGUCACCGGAGGCCUGCUGCGAGCUCACUCUGCAGCCUCUGAGACGCUUCCCCUUCGAUGCUGCCAUCAUUUUCUGUGACAUCUUGGUCGUCCCGCAGGCCAUGGGUAUGGAUGUCCAGAUGGUGCCAGGUAAGGGUCCCACAUUCCCAGACCCUCUGAAGGAGCCAGAGGACCUGCAGCGGCUGCGGGUCAAAGUGGACGUGGACAAGGAGCUGGGCUACGUCUUCAGAGCCAUCACUCUGACCAGACACAAGAUCGAGGGCAAAGUGCCUCUGAUAGGAUUCACCGGCGCCCCGUGGACACUCAUGUCCUACAUGAUAGAAGGCGGCGGCUCCAACACCCACUCUAAGGCGAAGCGUUGGUUGUAUCGGCACCCCGAGGCCAGCCACAUGCUGCUGCGGAUGCUGACAGAUGUGAUCGUGGAGUAUCUGCUGGGGCAGGUGGCAGCUGGAGCUCAGGCUCUGCAGGUGUUUGAGUCCCAUGCUGGCAUCCUGGGACCCGUAGAGUUUAAAGAGUUCUCCCUGCCUUACCUCCGAGACAUCGCCCGCCGCGUCAAAGAUAAACUCAAGGAGUCCGGAAAGGAUGUUCCCAUGAUUGCGUUUGCAAAAGAUGCUCACUACGGUCUGGAAGAUCUGUCGCAGUCUCAUUAUGAGGUGGUUGGGCUGGACUGGACCAUUGACCCACGAUCAGCACGGGAGCGCACAGGAGGGAAGGUCAGCCUGCAGGGAAACAUGGACCCUUGUGCUCUGUACGCUCCAAAGGAACGUAUUUCAGAUAUCGUGAAGACUAUGUUGGAGGGCUUUGGUGUCAGGGGUUACAUCGCCAACCUCGGCCACGGCCUCUACCCCGACAUGGACCCGGAGAACGUGGGCGCCUUCGUAGAGGCUGUGCACAAACACUCUAAACAGAUGAUCAAGCAAAUGUAGAGAAAUAUGUGCCUCAUGAGCAAGUGUGUGUCAACCAACCAAAAGAGCCUGAUGACGGUGAUGGGAAAGAAAAGUACAAUAAUGCACUAUUUUAUUAAAAACUGUUUAAAGCAAUAA